CCAUCUCAUAUGAUUUCCCCAUGUAUCACAAAAAAGAAGUGUCCACCAGGAGGAGGCUGAAUGCUGUGUUAACUGAAGGUAUAGUGAGAGCUUUGUUGCCUGAAAUGAGCCUCCUGUCUCCCUCAAUGAAACUGAACUAUUGGGUUUCACCAUCUGUGUUUACAAAAGACCCAUCAGUCGUCCUUGGGAGAGACAUCCUGAAGGUAGCCGAGUCCACCCUGCAAGACAACAUGGCUAUCAGAAUUGGCUUCUGCUUGGCUCUGAUAUUCCUGGCCAUGGAGGGAGGAAGCUUUGGAGAGGAGACUGGAGGGAGCUGCUGUGAACAGUUGAAGGGCUUAUCGCAUUGUGGAGCAGAUAAGGUCUUUCUCCAGGGCCAGGCAGGGAUACCAGGAAUGCCGGGUGUGCCAGGAACAAAUGGGUUACCGGGGGCGAAGGGUGAGCCAGGCCUUCAGGGCCCCCCAGGUAUGAAAGGUGAUCCUGGGGCAGUGGGGAAGGCUGGACCCAAGGGUGAUAAAGGAGACAAAGGAGAAGCAUGUGGUGUGGAGAGUCUUGCCAGCUGUCAGACUCAAGAGGCAGGAGCCAGAGACUGCAAAGAACUCCUGGAACGUGGAGAGACACUGAGCGGUUGGUACACAAUCUAUCCGACCACAGGCAAAACAAUGGUGGUCUUCUGUGACAUGGAGAUCGAUGGAGGGGGCUGGCUGGUCUUCCAGAGGCGACAAGAUGGAUCAGUGGAUUUCUACCGUGACUGGAAGUCCUACAAAAAUGGUUUUGGAAACAAGGCAUCAGAAUUUUGGCUGGGCAAUGAUAAAAUCCACCUUCUCACAAACUCUGGAACACAGCAGCUGCGGAUUGACGUGAUGGACUUCAAUGACUCAAGAACAUACGCUAAAUAUACGAGUUUCAGAAUCUCAAGCGAGAAAGAAAACUACACACUGGCAGUGGGUUCCUAUGUUGAUGGUGACAUGGGUGAUUCUUUCACAGGACACCGAGGCUUUGCAUUCUCCACACGGGACAGAGACAACGAUGUCUAUGAACCAGGAAGUUGCUCUGUGAUGUACAAGGGUGGCUGGUGGUAUAGUAGCUGCCAUUCUUCCAACUUGAAUGGCUUGUACCUCAAAGGCGAACAUACCUCAUACGCUAAUGGCAUCAACUGGGCUGCUGGAAAAGGGCACCAUUAUUCGUACAAAUAUGCAGAUAUGAAAAUUAGACCUCAAUAAGUGAGAUAUCUCUCUGUUCAGACUUUUUUAUAAACUUAUUCCAUGCAUUGA